GAUUUUACUAUUUCACUAGAGCCUGACGCUUAGGUUCACAUGAAACUGAAUACGUAUUCGCCUUUGCUAGCUUCACAAGAAGAUGGGAUGAGAAAGUGUGGGGACCCUUGCGGUAAAGACAAAUUAUUACUGAGGACGCACGUGGUUCCACAUAUACAUAUAACAUUCUGCAGUAGAUUCAUACUAGCCUUAUAAAAAAUUAUAAAAAUGCCGAAAAUUCGUGCAGAAAAGAAAAGUCGUGUACAUACUGAAGUAGCAAAACAAGGAAUUUUAUUCAACAAGGAUUUUGGACAGCACAUUCUAAAAAAUCCAUUAAUCAUUGAAAAUAUGGUUGAAAAGGCAGCUUUGCGGCCCACCGAUGUGAUAUUAGAAAUUGGUCCUGGAACUGGAAACAUGACAGUCAAAAUGUUGGAAAAAGCAAAGAAAGUAAUUGCAUGUGAAGUCGACCCACGUAUGGUGGCUGAAUUGCAAAAACGUGUACAAGGCACACCAUAUCAAUCAAAAUUGCAAAUUAUUGUGGGAGACGUACUUAAAUCUGAUUUGCCUUUUUUUGAUAUAUGCGUUGCUAAUGUCCCAUAUCAGAUUUCAUCACCAUUAGUAUUCAAAUUGCUUCUACAUAGACCACUUUUUAGAUGUGCAGUACUAAUGUUCCAAAGAGAAUUCGCAGAAAGACUGGUAGCAAAGCCUGGUGAGAAAGCAUACUGCCGACUUAGUAUAAAUACACAAUUAUUAGCACGCGUAGAUAUGCUGAUGAAAGUAGGCAAAAAUAACUUCAGGCCACCACCUAAAGUUGAAUCCAGUGUUGUUAGGAUAGAACCUAGAAAUCCACCACCUCCAAUUAAUUACCAAGAGUGGGAUGGGUUAACUCGAGUAGCAUUCAUCAGAAAAAAUAAAACUCUUUCUGCUGCUUUUAAACAAACUGCAGUGAUUGCCAUGCUUGAUAAAAAUUAUAAGCUGCACUGUAGUCUAAAUAAUAAGCUGGUACCAGAGGAUUUUGACAUAAAACAAAUGAUUUCAAAUAUUUUGGAAAAAAGUAGUUGUGAGGAUAAACGAGCGAGAACGAUGGAUAUUGACGAUUUUGUCAGGCUUUUACAUGUAUUCAAUGCAGAAGGUAUUCAUUUCACAUGAUAAUGAUAAAACAAAGCCUACCAUUGUUGAUUCCCUCUAUAAAAUGUUAUAUAUUACAUCUAAUAAUUUGAUGUCAGGUAUGUUAAGAAUCAAUGAAAAACCUAUUGAAUAAUUUUACAAUUGGAUAACAAUAUAAAAAUUUCUAAGAAUUUA